GGCCCUUCCUCAAGCGCGUGUGCCAGUGCGCGAAUAUACUCGGAGCAUUGGAUCUGGCGCCUUUGGAAUACCGCAGGUCCCCAUCCAAGAUGCACAAGCGCGUGACUCGCGUCCCAAUCAGCCAUUCACGCACACUGAUACGUGUCGAACGUCAUUGAGGAUGAUCGCGAUAGGAGGACGAUUUUUUUUUGUCAUUCCUCGUUAUUGGAAGUUGUCGAUAGCUGUGGCAUGGAUUUUUUUAUGUUACCUCUAGGUGGACAUUCUAUUUUCGGAUCGAUGAGACUCGUUGAGGGACAUGGAAGACGGGCGGACUGGCACAGGGUUACAACGGAGGACGGAUACAUUUUAUCAAUAUUUAGAAUCCUCCCAAAUCAACCCCGCAAUAAUUCCCAGUGUGGACCUCCAAUUUAUUUGCAGCACGGAUUAUCAGGCACUGCAGACAUGUUUGUUAUAUUGCAACCUGAACGAAAUAUCGGUAAUUGGCCAAAUUAAAUUCCAACGAUCGCCAGGAAAAUAUUUUUCGGUUUUGUUUUACGUUAUCGAUAAUUGGAUUGCAAAUAGUGUCGAUUUCUGUGCAGCAUUUUUACUAGCAGAUGCUGGCUAUGAUGUUUGGAUGGGGAAUUUGAGAGGAAGUGCGUACAGUCGAAAGCAUAGGACAUGGUCACCAGAAAAUUCCAAAUUUUGGGAUUUUAGUAUGGACGAGUACGCAAUCAAAGAUCUACCAGCAAUGAUGGACUACAUCCUCGAUGCGACAAAUCGAUCAUCAUUGUCCUACAUUGGCAUAUCCCUUGGAACCACCAUCAGCACAAUAUUGCUGUCAAAUCGGACCGACUACAACAGCAAACUGAAUCUAGUUGUUCACUUGGCACCAGUCACGUUCUUCAAGACACCGAAUUUAGCAAGAAAAAUUCUGUCAAUAGCGGCUGAUUUACUGGAAGGACCUUUCAAAGCCUUCGAAAUUCUUCCUCGAAACAGAUUAAUAUAUUCAUUUGUGGAGUUAGUAUGUUUAGCAAAUUCGGCAAUGUUGGAGUUCUGCUUGUUCUUCGUUGACACCAUCGUAGGCAAAGAUCGGGAACAGUUGGAUAUGCCACCGAAUUUCCUGCUGAAAAUUGCACAGCUCUAUCCAGCCGGAUGCUCCGCAAAAGUGUUCUUCCACUAUUUUCAAUUCAUAAGAACUGGAGAAUUUGGAUACUUCGAUCACAAAAACGAUAAAACGAACCUCCGGUACUACGGCCAGACGAAGGCUCCGGCUUACAAUUUAACAAACAUCGUGGCUCCCAUGGCAUUCUUCAAAGCUCCGAACGAUCCCCUUUCCACCUUAGAAGACGACCUCGCACUAAUCAGCAAAUUACCUGUGAACAGAACUUUAUAUUAUGAGAUAGUGAGAUGGAAGAACUUCAAUCAUAUUGAUUUUAUCGUUGCCAAAGACGUCAAGAAGUUUGUCUACAACAGAUUAUUCGAAAUCUUGUCUGACAUUAAUAAAUUUCCUUGAAGGCAGUCCUAUCAGAGCAUCACAUAGAGCCACUGCCAAGAUAACAGGUCUUCAUGUACUCACCCUCGAUCCCGGAGUUCAGACAAACAACACACGUUGACUUCCUGGAAUUGAAAUUGUCGUCUGAUACUGUCCCUUUGAUCUACACCACUGCAAUUACAUGCGUUACAACGUGUAGUGAAUGAAAUAACCCAUGAAAACAUGUUUAGAAUUAAUCACCUUGAAUGAUCGACUAAUUCCAUGUAUUUUAAUACAUUGAAAGAGCGUUUAUUCUGUAAUUAUUGAGUAAAAUCAACGCCUUAAGCACUGGAUUAUUUUUCCCGCC